GAAAAAGCUUACACACAGAGACGUUAUCUUGAAAAGAUUUGCCCUCAAGACAUGGUGGUUCUACUCAAUAAUAUAGGAAUGUGCUUUGCAAGACUUAAUGAGUUCGGUAAGCUGAGACAGCUCAGAGUGGGUUUUUUUUCUGGCUUAUUUUACCUGACUGCAUAUUAAGCCAUAGUCAUUAACAAACUAAACGAUGGCCAUCAACUAAUGAAACUAUGGCCAUUAACAAAAUAAACUAUGGCCAUUAACUAAACUAUUGCCGUUAAAAUAUUUAACUGUGGCCAGUAACAAAUUGAAUUAUGUCCAUUUACGAAUUAAACAAUGGUCAUUAGCAAAUUGAAUUAUGUCCAUUACGAAUUAAACAAUGGUCAUUAACAAAUUGAAUUAUGUCCAUUUACGAAUUAAACAAUGGUCAUUAACAAAUUGAAUUAUGUCCAUUUACGAAUUAAAUAAUGGUCAUUAACAAAUUAAAUUAUGUCCAUUUACGAAUCGGACUGUCUCCAUUAAUAAUUGUAUCUAUGGCUAUUAAAAAAUUUAAAACAUUUGUGUUUUCAUGUUCUCCUAAUUGAUUGAUCCAAACAGUCGGCCCUUCUCUUAAGCAAACAUUUUCAUUCUACGUUCAUGUCAUAAGUAGUUUGACUUGCUGUUUGUUUAGUGAUAAUGAGCCUCAUUAACAUUGGCAUAUUCAAGUGAAAAAUGUUAAUGGAAUAUGCACCUCUACAAACAUGGUAUAUUUUAGUAAAGAUAGUAAGUGAAAAUUCACCCGAUUAACAUGGUCUAUUAAAGAAAAAAUUUGUAAUAUUGCAAUACCUCAAAUUUUUAAACUUUAUAUAUUUAACAGAGCGUGGCAAAAGAUGCCUGGAAAAGGCACUUGAAAUCCAACUCCAGCGAGUAGGAGUUCACUACAAUACGGCCUUGACAUUGGCUCAUAUGGCUGAACUGAGUAUCAAACAGUGAGCUAAUUUUUGCUAACGUUAUGGGCUCUUAAAUAGUAUUUGAAUACACACUAUAAGACUUACGUUUUUUCACUAGCUCUUUCAGUGACUUAACCUAAAAUAUAUUUGUAUCAAGAGGCGGAUUUAAAAAAAAAAAUUUUGGUGGGUGAGGGGGGAUGUUUAAAAGAAUUUCUUUUAUUCACAAUAAAGAAAGUUAUUUAUAAUAAAUUGGUUUACAAACAUAAAACAUUGUAAAGAUGUAGUAAACAUAAAAAUAAACCUAAAAAAAACCCAACAAAUUUGUUUAAAAAAAUUAUUAUUUAAAAAUACAUUUUUUUGGCUAAAGAAAAAACGUGGAAUUUCAAAUAAAUAGAAUAAGUAAUAAGAGGCAGUCAAAAUACGUGGUUAUUUGUGUGUCCUAGAUUCUAUGAAAAUGUAACAUUUGAAAAUAUUUAUUUUCCAAAUCAUGUAAUAAGUUUGAUCUUUUAUUUUCAAUUUCGUCCAGGCGAAACUUUUUGGAAGCUUAUGAAAAGUCCUUGGAUGCAGAAAAAAUACUGAAAAAGAUUACCAAACAACAUGACUUUCGGCUUCGUGUGCUGAAUUCCUUGGUCCAUUACAGAAUAAUUAUCAGACAAUUAAAUCUGACGACAGCUGAAACGACAACGGGGCGCUUUGUGAAGUCUGCUGAAGAUUUUGUUGAUUACAUGUUGGAGCUUGGAAGCAGUAUACAAUUAUCCGAUGAAGGCCACCAUGACGCGAUGGCAGCUUAUGAGCAUGGAAUGAUUUUAAAUUUGGGGAAAUCUCGAGAAAAAUUUCAAGAGUACAAAAAUGAAUAUUUGGUAUUUGUUUUAAACAAUGCUUGGGUUCGAGAUUUGAUGGUAUCUAAAAAUGAUGAACUUGCUUUGGCCGCCAAACACAAAAGUCUUUACUUUUACAUCAGAGAUACAGAAUUUGAAGAUGUUGAUCUUGAAACAUUCAUUAGUUAUAUGACACAUGCAUGUCCACAUUGUCAAGAGGUCAACCAUGUUUAUAGUGCAAACAUGUGGCAAGAUGAGGUCAGAUAUUUAAUCAAUCAACGCCAGCAAAAUAUCGUUCACAGAGACAGGUAUUUUCCUCCACAAAAUUUGUAAGCCAGAAAUAAUUUAAAGAACGUUUUAAGAGCUAAGACAUUUCAUUAGAAUAUAGCUACUAUAACCACACAAUGACAAUUUCCAUUUUAUCAUGAACAUCUGUAUUUAUUAUAAUUUCACGGUCAUGCUGCACCGACAUAUUGCAAUAUUAACAUUACAGAAGUAAACUAAAAUUGAAAAAGAAUCAUGUAAUGUUGAUGAAAAAAAUAUUAGCCAAACGAUCUGUCUAUUUGAAAAAAAAAAUUGGGCUUUGUGAAGUUGUUCUACUUUUGCAAAAUCCCAUAGCUUAAAAGGGCCAAACUUUUAGAUUAAGCAAUAUGAGGUUUUGUCUGGAUUUGUUGUAUACAAACUAAUAUAUUUGUGUUCAGUUUGCAAUUUUUAUUUAAAUCUUUGAAUCACCUGAAUCUUACCUGGGUUGAUGUACCCCUAUCUUAAUCAGAUCGACACACCCGAAUCUUAUCGGAUUGACACAUCUGGAUUUUACCUAGAUCAACACACAUUAAUCUUUUUACCUGGAAUGACACACCAAGAUCUUUAUCUAGAUUGAAAGCUCUGGAUGUUAUUACAUCGACACACCACAGCUGGAUGUUACCUAGAUCAACACACAUUAAUCUUUUUACCUGGAAUGACACACCAAGAUCUUUAUCUAGAUUGAAAGCUCUGGAUGUCAUUACAUCGACACAGCUGGAUUUUACCUAGAUCAACACACAUUAAUCUUUUUACCUGGAAUUACACACCAAGAUCUUUAUCUAGAUUGAAACCUCUGGAUGUUAUUACAUCGACACAGCUGGAUUUUACCUAGAUCAACACACAUUAAUCUUUUUAUCUGGAAUGACACACCAAGAUCUUUAUCUAGAUUGAAACCUCUGGAUGUUAUUUCAUCGACACAGCUGGAUUUUACCUAGAUCAACACACAUUAAUCUUUUUAUCUGGAAUGACACACCAAGAUCUUUAUCUAGAUUGAAACCUCUGGAUGUUAUUUCAUCGACACAGCUGGAUUUUACCUAUAUUAAAACACCCGGAUUUUUUUUUUACCUCGAUUGACACACCUCGACGUUUACCUAGUUUGACACACCUGGACCUUACCUCGAUUGUAAAACGUCAGCUGGUAUUAGGUAUUAACUCAAAAAUAAUUUCCCCAAGGUGAAAUCCAGCUUUAGAUAUCAGAUUAAAAAGCAUGUAAGAUGAAAUGCCCAAGAUUUACUUUGAAGAUUUCUAACUCGAUUCAUUUCUUGAGAAACACCAGAUCUCUAUUAAUAUCUUGUUACUUGUUACAUACUUUUUCUCACAUACAUGAAGAUAAUUUGUUGACAUGUGAAUUCUUAGCAGUUGUGAAUAGAAGAAUCUCCUGUUUGUCAUUAUUUGAUAAAAUAAUAUUUAAACCCCACGUAGUAACCUCAAAUCAAUGAACUUAACAUUUUGUUAGAUUAGAGGAAUGAAAUUGAAUAUUGUGAUUAUUUCAGGGUUGUACCAAGUGCUGUAGCAUGAUUUGUACCAAGUGUUGUGGCAAAUGUCUGUUUUCUUAAUUUAUUUUCUUUUGAAUUUUGUUUGUUUUUAUGAAGAAUUCUUUCUAAAAUUUCAAUGAAGUUUGUAAACAAAUGACAAAUAACUUUUGUACAUAAAAUUUUAUGAAUUUUAAAUGAAAGUUAAAAAUAUUUUUUUUUACUUUUUAAAACAAUUAGAGCAUUCUUUUUAUCUAUGUGAUUCUUAACUUAUUUAAACAAAGUUAGGGAUUAUUUAACCAUGUUUUAUUAGGUAGGGGAG